AUGGCUAAAACGAAGUUUCACUAUCAUGACUCUUGGCUGCUUCAGAACCUCGCCAUCUUUGGGGCAUUCCUCUCACUGGUUGCAAUCUUUAUAUUACUCGGCAAAUCGGACAAUAAACCAAUAUUCCACUGGAAUGGCCUGUCUAUCAACGUCCUCGUGGCCAUAUUUGCCGCCUUGCUCAAAGCAUUACUCGCAUUCUCACUGUCUGAUUGCCUUGGUCAAGCGAAGUGGAUCUGGUUCUCUAAACAACAAAGACCACUCAGAGACCUGUACCUCAUUGAUGGGGCGAGUCGAGGACCGCUGGGGAGUUUGAAGCUCUUGGGAUACCCUGUGGCUCGCUCGUUUAUCACGUUUGGUGCAGUCGCAGUCAUCAUAUCCAUCGCGAUAGACCCAUUCGCCCAGUUGACGAUUGGCAAGAAGGAAACAGUGGUCCUUAGAGAUGACAAUGCUACACAGAUUGCAUUUGCCAAGAGGUACUCCAAAGGGUCAUUAAGCACAUUCAGUGCCGCGAUGAUUGCUGACCCGAAUGGGAAUAAUUAUUCCGCUACUUCUACAGACGCCGAUUUUGCGAUGAAAUCUGCUGUUCUCUACGGAGCAUCCCAGUCAUUCAAACUUGUGGAACAGCAAGCAAAACGAACCUGUGUUACGGGCAACUGCACAUUCCCUGUGUUCUUCUCGUUGGCUGUGUGCAGCCAUUGUGUUGAUCAGAGAGAUCGCCUCGAGCGUGUCACUCCUCCAGAUGGCAGUCCAUUGUAUCAAGAACUCGGAAUGGCAAGCAAUGGUGCUUCAAGUUUAGGUCCGCUUACUGAGUUUCGCUUGCCGAACGGUCUACGGCUCAACAACCAAAAUGAUGUGCCCAGUACAACAUAUAUGACUGCAUAUGGAUCAGGCAAUCCAGCAGAGAGCAUCGCAUUCAAAGAUAGGGAUACGCUGAUAUGGUCUAUGACCUCGAUCUUAGUGAACGAUUCGGAGGCCAAGUGGCCCAACUCUGCCAUAAAUGCUCUUGAGUGUGGCCUUUGGUAUUGUGUGAAUCGGUAUUUGUCAGAAGUCGACAAUGGAACCCUUUUCGAAAAUGGUACAUCAGUUCCGUUCAAAAGAUCUCCUGAUUCCUGGCAAGUCUCGGCAAAGCAACCGCAGGGGGUCCAGCUCGCACAUCCACCUUCAGAUGACAGCUUGUUAUACAAUGCUAGCUCCUCAGCCUCCGUUGCUCGCACGGAUUUGCAACUGACUUUUGACAUUCCUGAUGUUGGUCACCCGGAUUUAACGGGUUACAAUUUGUCCCAAGCCGCGAUCUAUGGUAUCAGUGACUUCAUGAAUACCACCUUCACAACAAAAGGAGGUCCCAAGUCUAUAAACUCAUGGGUCGUAUCGGAACCAGACCUCACAUACAGUCCAACAGCCAUGCAAGUGCUGUACUCAUCAAAGGACUUGCAGAGUACAUUUAAGACCCUUGCAUGGAGUAUGAGCAACAGCAUUCGGCAAAACAGCGAUGACAAUAACUUUGUAUCUGGCAUGUCAGGAACCUAUGAAACACACGUCAGAGCUCACUGGUACUAUUUCAUCUUGCCAGCCGUUCUAGUACUGGCAGGCGCUAUCUUCCAAGCCAUAGUCAUGAUCUACACCCGAAAGACCAAGACAGAAAUCUGGUGCUCAAACGUGCUUCCCGCGGUAGCACUCGGUAGAAAGGUCGGAACGGUCUUCGACGAUGCGCCGCUGUUAAGUCAAAUGGAAAAAAGGUCGAAGUUGCAACGACUAGAACUUUCGAGAUCAGAUCAUGGUAACGUUCCGAUGGAAGAUACAGGUCAUCAUGACGCAGCGCACUACGAAAUGAUGCCACGAAAUAGUCCACCUACAAAACAAGGGAGGGUUUCGGAUGUCGUGAGCGCACUUUCAGACGAGGACAUGACGCCGCGGGACGGAGCUCAGAGCAAUGCCCGGUUGGUCUGA